CACAUUUAGUAUCUCUUGUUGUUGUUGCAUUCAUUGCAUUCAUUCAUUCAUCAUGUUUGAAAAGUCCCUAGCAGACCUCAUUCGAGGGUUACGCGCAAACAAAAAGAAUGAGCAAAAGUACAUUGGAUCUUGCUUGGACGAGAUUAGGUCUCAGGUCAGAACAAACGACCCUCACACAAAGGCUACAGCCAUACAGAAACUCGCCUAUCUCCACAUGCACGGAUACGACAUGUCUUGGGCUUCUUUCCACGUUAUUGAAGUCAUGUCCCUCCAAAAGACGCUCUACAAGCGCAUUGGCUAUCACGCCGCCGCAGUCUCUUUUCGUCAAGACACGGACGUUCUCAUGCUCUGCACCAAUUUGAUCAAAAAGGACCUCUCGUCAAAUAACUAUGUCGACACAGCGAUUGCAUUGCACGGCCUCGCCUCCAUCGUCACCCCAGACCUCGGACGCGACCUCUGCCCAGACCUGAUUGCCAUGCUCAACCAUUCACGCCCCUACAUUCGCAAACGCGUCAUUCUCGUCUUGUAUCGCGUGUUUUUAAAGUAUCCUGAAGCAUUGAGGAUGGCCUUUCCGAGAUUAAAGGAAAAGUUGGAUGAUCCUGAUCCAGCCGUGGUGUCGGCGGCAGUCAAUGUGAUUUGCGAACUGGCGAGAAGAAAUCCAAAGAGUUACCUCCCCCUCGCUCCCCAACUCUACGGACUCUUGACAAACUCGACCAACAACUGGAUGCUCAUUAAAAUCAUCAAACUGUUUGCAGCACUGGCGCCCCUCGAGCCCCGUCUCAUCAAAAAACUCGUCCCGCAAAUUUCGAGCGUCAUCCAGAGCACCAGCGCAAUGUCCCUCCUCUACGAGUGCAUUCAUACCGUGAUUAUAGGAGGCAUGAUUGGUCCCGAGACAGAGAAUGGAGAGAAUGAGGCACAGGAUUCCGCGCUGGCGAGAUUGUGCACUGCAAAACUAAAGCUGUUUAUCGAGGAGCCUGAUCAAAAUUUAAAGUACCUUGGCCUGUAUGCCUUGUCAAAGCUCCUCGCCGUACGUCCGAAAGCCGUCGUGGAACAUCGGGAUACCAUUCUCGAAUGCUUAGAUGACGCCGAUGUGAGCAUUCGCAUGCGAGCUCUGGAUAUUGUGACUGGAAUGGUCACACCAGGAAAUCUGGUCCAAAUCGUUCGCAAGCUCAUGACCCAGCUCUUACCUCCCACCGCGGACACCUCCCCCUCUGCAUCCUACCCACCCCCCUCGGUCACACCCAUUCUCGACGCCACAGACCGCGCCCAUGUCAUAGAGCGCAUCAUCUCCAUUUGCUCUCAAGAUACCUAUACCAAUGUCACCAACUUUGAAUGGUACAUUACCCUUUUGACAAACUUGGUCCGCGUCCGGGGUGUGGAUGUCGGCACGCGCCUGUCUGCGCAACUCAUUGAUGUGUCGGUGCGCGUACCUGAAGUCCGUGAAUUUGCCGUGCAGGCCAUGACGGCGUUAAUUGAGGAUGAGGGGGUGAUGCAGUCUGCCAACCAGGACAUGAACAAUGCGCGCGUGUUGGUGGGUGCUGCGUGGAUUGUGGGGGAGUAUUGCAUAUACCUUGUGGAUCCGGUUCGUAUCAUGAUGAGGAUGCUCGCGCCGGGUGUGACGCGCUUGCCUCCCACCGUGCAAGCCGUGUACCUCCACAACGUAUUGAAGAUUUAUGGACACUGGGCUUGUACGGCUACCGACCCCACCACUACGACGCAAUCGAUCCUGGAAGCUCUAAGGCCAUUUAAAACGAGUUUUGAUUCCGAAGUCCAGGAACGGGCUUGUACUCUUUUUGAAAUCCUCCACCUCGCUCUAUCGGAUCCUGCCCUGGUCCCAUCUAUCCGGGCACUGUUUAGUGGUGAAUUGAACCCGGUUGCCCCCAAAGCUCAAAAACGUGUCCCAGUGCCUGCGGGACUGGACCUGGACCAGUGGAUUCAUGAACCGGAACCGGAGCCUGUUCAAGAAGAAGAAGAGGAAGAGGACAAUGACAGAGUGCCAGAUGAAUGGUUCAAACAAGACGUACAAGAACAGAUUGUGGAUUCUGAUGAUGUUGAGCGGCGCCGACAAUCCCGAGCGGAGCGUCUCAAGCAUGAUCCGUUUUACAUUCCCUCCAAACCCCUCUACGACGAUAUUGACAUUAACGAGAUCCCUAUUGUCCGCCUUGAGCUUAAUGUUCCACCAGAGCAAAUAGCCCCAACAAGACAGGUCCCCAAAAAGAAAAAGAAACGACCGAUAUCCCCUCCUCCGGUACCGAAAACGUAUUCUAUCAAUCGCGGAGGGGACAUGCCAGAGAAUAGUGUUGUUUCGAGUGAGGAUGAUGAGGUGGAGCAUGAGGUGGAUGAGGUGACCAAGGCGGUUAUGAGUGUGGAUUUGAGUUUGGGAGAAGAAACUCGUGUGGAAUCUGGGACGAGCCAGGUGGAUGCCAAGGUGGAUGUACCGGCGAAAAAAACUAGGACGAAAUCCACCAAGGCGGACAAGGCGGGCAAGACGGGCAAGACGGGCAAGACGGGCAAGACGGGCAAGAAGAAAACCAAGACGGAAUCCAAAACGAAAACGGACAAGCGCAAGAAAAAGAAACCCGUCUCUAUCGCUGACCCGUCGCUUGCACCGAGUACCAUCAAUAAAUCCCUCCUCGCUGUGCGCGGUCUUGAAAUGAACACGCCUUACGAACGCGUCGCGUCGCCGGCCCCAACCGAACAAGCUGAACAAGAAUGGGUGGAUAUUGGAGGCGAUGAGCAAUUUCAAGUGGCCUUCAAGUAUAAACUCUUGCCUUCUUCCACAACCCUCACACUUUUAUUCACAAACAAAACCCCCUCACCCCUCCCUCUCACCGCGACCCUCUCCCACACGGACCAAGACCUAUCCAUGACCCUUCCCCCCACAUCCACCACAACCCGCACCCUCACCAUCACGUCCACCCACCACCCAACAUGGCUUGAUGUCCUUGGUACAAAGUUCUUGGUACCCAUCCCCUUGUCACCCGAAUCCUUUAAUGAGUUGGUAGCUACUACGAAAUGGACUUACUCUGCUCGCAAGACGCUACCGAUUUCGGGAGCGAAUACAAGAGAGGUCGUCUCUGGUGUUGCACGUGUGCUUGGGAUGGAGCUUGUUGAAGUUGUUGGUGAUGCUGGGACUUUGGUUAUGAGAGGCGGACAGGUGGUUGGGUUGGUUAAAGUGCUUUGGGAGACGGGUGGGGUUUUGGUUGAGGUUCGAGGGGUGGGUGAGGUUGAAGGGGUGCUUGAGAGGUUGGUAUGAUUUGAGAGAGAUUUAGGCAUUGGGUGUAUGGGUGUGUGUGCGAGGGUAUACCCGUAGUUUUGGGAACGGGGAGGUUUGAUUUGCGAAAUGGGCUUUGUUGAAGGUGUUGGUGAUGUUGACUGUGGAGGGAGGUUGGGUUGCUUGAGAGGUUGGAAUGAGUAUAUUGAGGAAAGCUGUUUUUUCGUACAUCUUAGAUUGUGUGUUUUUUUUGUGGGAUGAGGAUGGAUAAUGAGAUAAUCUAAAUCACUGGGAUUUACUCACUAACACUGUAC